UUAGUUCUUAUGAUGUGAUUUACAUUUUUUUGUUUAGACUAAAAAUUAGUUUGAUAUAUAAUGAUUAGCGUAAUACUAAAAUAUAAAUUCUCAAAAACAAACCUUUCGGACGUAUUUUUUUCCACGAUAUUCAUUCCUCAUAUAAUGGUGACGCUGAGCUCGGCGAUCCAUUUCGGGUAAUUGCAGUUAUUUUUAAUAACUUAGCAAUAACUCAAUUUAUUAUAUUUGUGUAAUGACUUAUCUUCAAAGAGAGUAAACAAUAAUAUAUAUUUCUUUAACUUAUUUUUAUUCCAAAUUUGUCAAACACAGCAGAAAUGAGAAUAAAUUACAACUCUACAAACAUUUUCACUGUACACGUAUAAUUAAAGGUACCUAAAAAGAACUUUAUUAGUCACUCAACUUGUUUUAAUUUGCUUCUAUGUAGGUACUAACCUUUCGGCUAUGUUUUUUACACACAACUGUCAGUUUCUUCCACUGAACUGGCAAUGUUGGUUACUUCAUUAUUCGUUUUCUGACAAUCAUGUCAAAAGCGAAUGAAAGAGAAAAGUUUUUAAAAACUUAAAACAAAGUUUAAAAGAACUCGUUAUUGGGUUCUUUAGUUUUUUCGUGUAUAAGCAUCGCACUUCAAAAAAACUGAAGUGUCUGUUGUGUCAAAUUCUUUCGUGCGAAUUCUCUCGUUGGUGACGGCUGCAAAUUUUAAAGUGCUUUAAACGAAAAAAAAAUGGUCCGUAAACGGCAGACAGCGACACAGAAACGUGUUUUGGAAAUAGCCAAAGCAAGAAAUAUCGAACUUUUGCGAUAUGAACUGGGUGAAUCAAGCCGAUCCGCUGCAACUAUGGAGCAGGGGAAACAACGUAAAUUGAGCUCAACAUCAAAGGAAACUGUGAACCCAUCAGACGAAAUACCUCGGAAGCAACUCAAAGUGUUAAUUCAGAAGAAUCCUGAAUCAACAACCUUGACUACGGAGCUAUCCAGCCCAGAUGCCCAAAUAACAAUUUGCAACAACCAGUCAACUAUUACGGAUCCACCGGAAACUACGGACUCGCAUGUCAUUGACGACCAGGAGCAAUCACCAACAACUAGCGGCUCAUUGACAAUCGCGGACUCUGGUACUAUUGAUGACCAGGAGAAUGCCACCAAGCAAGAUAACAAUGACGCUUGUACUUGUGGAUUGCAAGUAAAAGUUUGCCAACUCGAUGCCCAAGUGAAUGAAUUGCAAGGAGCACUCGAUGAGCUCAAAGUAAAAGUGGCAUUUUACAAGAAGAAAACAACUGACCUAAAAGUAACUAACGCCAAACUGCAGAAAGCCCUAGUGUCCAAACUGUUGCCUGAGCCCGUUCGCCCGUUCAAAGAUGUAGAAGGUUUUCCGAAUUGUGACGAUAUUAUGACGAUGUCAAUGGAAGCGCAUGAUAGCGAUUACAUGUUUGUGAAAUUCCUUAUGAACGCUAUCUGGCCGGAUGGAUUUGCUGGCAGAACCGUAACAGGACGGGUUUCAAAUAACCCAAAAGGUCGUCCAAAAGUGAACGUCGUAGCCACAGAAGGAAAUGCUGGAGAAGAUAGAGGAUGUACAUCAGCAGCAUCACCACCUGCAGUUUCUGUGGCAUUGGAGGAUGAAAAAGUGCAGUUUGUGAAAGGUAUGCAAAUAGUUAAACAAUAUAAAAUAACAUUUAUAAUUAAUGUUCCUAAUGUUUCAGCUCGUCUGUUGGAGAGGCGAAUUCAUCUUCAUGACGAAACGGUAGUUGCUAAGAAGGCCUCUGAAGGAUGUAACCGCCUGAUGCAAAUGGUUAUCAGUAAUGCUAAAAGACGCUAAUAACAUGUUCCAUGUUAUGAUGUUUUAAUCCUUGUGAAUGAUUUUUAUAUAUGAAUUUCGUGCUUAAUAACCCAUGGACUACGGUUUUAAAACCACACUUUUAAUUUGUUCAAACACUCGAACUAAAUGACAUUGUUUUAUAAUUACUUAAUUUUUUAUGCUUAAUCAAUAAUAAAAAUAAUUGUCGAUCCCAUUGCUAACCAUUUAUAGUUUUAUGCAGAAUAAUAUUUUCAUCACUAGCAAAUUAAAAGCAGAAUAUGCUUUUGAUUUUUGCUGUCAUUUUUCUAUCACAAUACCAAAUAGAGAUCUAAUUUUGCUAUCAACUUUGAAAUCUAUGAUUUCAUAAUGAGUAAUCAAUUUGCUGUAAUUUACAAAGUUUAAAAGCAAUCUGCAAACAAAAUAUGCUGUUGAUUUUUUGUUAUCAAUGCUUAUAAUAAUAAUCUAACCGAAUACUCAUUUUGCUAUCAAAUUAAGAAUCUCAUGAAUUCAAACUUAGUUAUCAUGUUGAUUUCACUGAUAGCAAAAUUUGUUUUCAGUGUGAUUCCGUAGUGUAAACAUAUGCUCUUAUUUCUGCUGUGUUAACCGUUAAUCCAUACAAAACGAGAUCAAAUGGAGUAAUCAAAAUUAUUGACAUCACGACAGCAAAUUUUGAUUUCAAUCUGAUUUCAAACUUUGCUC